GUUAGAUAGAGCUUCCUUAAAGUGUGAUUUCCUACUGCUCGUACUAGACGCGUCGGCUUUUUUGCAUUGAGACGUUUCCUACAUCAGUUUUGCGUUUUUAAGUUACACCGUUGUGUAUUAAAAAUAUUUCUUUUAGUUUGUUGCCUGUGCUGAAUGGUCUAAAAAUGUUUUAAUUAAAAUAACGUCGUCCAAAGGGAAUGUGGAGAAAAUCUGAGGAGCUCAGAUGCAAAAGCCGCCAAAAAUGAGAUGAUGAUAUUAACCGAUGCUUUCGUCACGUAAUAUACGUUUUAGUAAAUACUGAGCAGUUUUUCACAAUAGAGCAGUUUAGAUGGAGAGAGUGUGAAAUAAAAUUGUUUCGAGAAGGUCCUGGCUGCAGGACGUGUCUCAUUGGUUCGGUUGAGAGGGGGUUCACCCCUACAGGAUUGGCUAGUGAUCGGGAUUCGGGGUAAUAUUAAGGGCGGGUUUAUGUGUCGUCUCAUCAUACGUCACUUCUGUUAUAUAUCACUGUAUUUGGCGUAAUCUAAAUCUUAAAUAUCUUAAUGAAACUUAACCUAUAAACCGGAUAAAAAGCUUGUUUAGAAGAAACGACGUCUGACGGGUUUUGCCUCUGAACUCUUCAAUUAUUAAAGGUUUCCCAGUUUCUCUUCGAUAAAAUGCAUAAAACGGUGUUAACCAAGAGGGAGUGUGAGAAGUUGUUAAAAGACUGUACAGAUCAGUGCCCUUUCUGUAAGUACACCAGCAUGCCACCGCUGGUGUACUAUCACAUUAAAAAUCACAUUCAGUUGGCAGUGACACAUCAGGAUUUCACAAUCAUAAAAUGCAACUUAAACUGUCGGGCAAAAUCUCACUUUCACUGCUGUUACUGUUCGGAGACUGUAUUAAAUCGGGCACAGUUGCUGGCACACAUUGCCAAACAUUCUCCCCAGCAUCAUCCACCCAACCCAGACUCAUCCACCCUGCCGCCCGGUGCCCUGCCACCUCACCCGACUGGCGCUCUGCCACCUCACCCGACUGGCGCUCUGCCACCUCACCCGACUGGCGCUCUGCCACCUCACCCGACUGGCGCUCUGCCACCUCACCCGACUGGCGCUCUGCCACCUCACCCGACCGGCGCUCUGCUACUUUACUUGACCGGCACCCUGCAACCUCACUCGACCUGCGCUCAGCCACCCGGCGCCCUGCCACCUCACUCGACCGGCGCUCAGCCACUCGCCGUCCUGCCACCUCAGCCGCCCGGUGCCCCACCACCUCACUCGACAGGCGCUCAGCCUCCCGGCGUCCUGCCACCUCAGCCGCCCGCCGCCCUGCCACCUCACUCGACAGGCGCUCAGCCUCCCGGCGUCCUGCCACCUCAGCCGCCCGCCGCCCUGCCACCUCACUCAACCGGCGCUCAGCCACCCGGCACCCUGCCACCUCAGCCGCCCGCCGCCCUGCCACCUCACUCAACCGGUGCCCUGCCACCUCAGCUGCUCGGCGCCCUGCCACCUAACUCGACUGGUGUUCCGCCACUCGCCGUCCUGCCACCUCACCUGACCGGCGCUCAGCCGACCGGCGCUCUGCCAAAACGCCCUGCAAGAAGGACUGUUACUUGUAGCCAAUGUAAUUUGACUUUGCUUGUGAAAAAUCUAAGAACUCAUAUAAGAAGGCAACACACUGACAAAGACAACUCCGAGUGUGAACUUGAGCAGUGCAAUGUAAAUGCUGGACUUGACAUAAAAAUAUCAGAGAUGGAGGCACACAGUUCAGGGAUCAGCAGGAAGAGGAAGCGCGGGAAGCUGAAUGGAGAAGCAAAGGAGAUGGAGUGUGUCCGAAAAGUUCCACGGAGAACUUUGUGUGUGAGAGAUCCUGCACCAUUUUCCGAUGAGCUGGAGGGUGCUGAUUUACCAUAUGUUCGUGUUAGCAUGGAGGAGGCCCAACGUGGAACUCCAGAAGGACGUCCUGUACGCGUGUAUGCUGAUGGGAUUUUUGACGUGUUUCAUUCUGGACAUGCUCGCGCUCUGAUGCAGGCCAAGUGCCUUUUCCCAAACACGCAUCUCAUCGUAGGUGUAUGCAGUGAUGAUCUGACACAUCAAUUCAAGGGCUUCACGGUCAUGAAUGAGGAUGAGCGUUAUGAUGCAGUGAGUCACUGCCGUUAUGUCGAUGAAGUGGUCCGGAACGCUCCGUGGACGUUGACACCCGAAUUUCUGGCCAAGCACAGAAUAGACUUUGUCGCCCAUGAUGACAUCCCAUACAUCUCAGCAGGAAGUGAUGAUGUGUACAAACAUAUAAAGGAGGCAGGCAUGUUUGCACCAACUCAGAGAACGGAGGGAAUUUCCACAUCUGACAUAAUCACACGUAUCGUGCGCGACUAUGAUGUUUAUGUGCGCCGUAACCUUCAGAGAGGCUACACUGCCAAAGAGCUGAACGUCAGCUUCAUCAAUGAGAAGAAGUACCACCUGCAGGAGCAUGUAGAUAUGGUAAAGCAGAAGGUGCGAGAUGUGGAGGAGAAGAGUAAAGAGUUUGUGCAGAAGGUGGAAGAGAAAGGCAUCGAUCUCAUACAGAAGUGGGAGGAGAAAUCCCGUGAGUUCAUCGGGAACUUUCUGGAGAUGUUUGGGCCAGAGGGGGCGCUGAAGCACAUGCUGACGGAGGGUAAAGGACGAAUGUUGCAGGCCAUCAGUCCCAAACAAAGCCCUAGCAGCAGUCCAACACGUGAGGAACGCUCUCCGUCCCCCACCUUCCGUCUUCCCUUCUUCACCAGAACCUCCUCACCGUUCUCAACACAACACUAUAUCAGCCAGGACGAGGAAGACUAGAGACACAGGCAACUGGGUUUCACAUGGAUCGUGUUUUAAAUCGUGUUCUUCAAAGCCAUCAUGAAGGGAUAAAUACGGAGGUUCACAGCCGAUUCAGAAUCAGCACAAUAUAGUGACCAAUUUAAUAGACUUUCUAAUAGGUUUCGAUUGUACAUCUUUGCUCUACGCACCCCCCCCCUUCCUAAAACCACUAAACUAAAAUGCUGCGUAUUGUUGUGUGUUAAGGGACCUUGCAUAAUUAUGCAUUUUUAGGGGUUAUAAUCAGCACAAAAAUGCUUAGGAUUUCAGCUUCAGCAGCGUCUGCUUAAACAUAAUCUCUAUUUUAGGGUAUGCAUAAAAACACAGCUAACCUGCAUUCAUUGUUUGGAUCUUUUCAUACUAGAAUGGGACAAAUUUGAGAGUCGUUCCAGCUUGUGGGAGAAUCCUGGGACAGAAGAGUCGUCUCCGUUUCUUUCGUCUCUUUAUUUGUGCCACUCACUGUGUUUAUAGUCUCAGUUAAUAAGAGUAGACUGCUUCUUUAAUUUCAGUCAUGUGUUUUGUGAAUUUAGUUUUUUUGUUUCUCUCUGUUCUAAACUUUAGAUGUUUUCUCUAAUAAGGGUAUCAACUUACUUGAAAAUUGAGGUAUAAUAUCGGGGAGUCGUAAUGACCCCAAUAUUUCAGUCUGUGUCUGUUUGGCUAGACCUGGCACCUCUGUGCUAUUCUGUGGCAUGGGUCCCAGCCUUUUUGUAAAGGAUUUGACUGCUGAAUGUUUACAUUACCCAAGGCAGUAUUAAGACAAAAGGAUACGAGGACAUUUGUUAGUUUACAUAAGACAGGACAACGUUAGUAGGAUUAUACAUGUGCCAGCAAGAAAAAACUCAUUAGUUACAAAAUAACUUGGGGGGGGGGGGUCAGUUUGUAUUGAAGUAUCACUGUAAAGCAAAAGCAUGUUACGCUGUGCCAAAAAAGUGAAGCAUGAGUGACUUAUUUAUGGCUUAAGAGUAAAGUUCAAACUACAAAUGUGAUGUUUUCUGUGGUGUGUUUAGUUACAGUAUUAUGUGGACUCAGAGAUAGACACUGUGUAUUAAAGCACCUUUAAUUUCCAAUAAUAUAAGAAUUUUAGCAAAAGAUUAAAUUAAAAAAAUUAACUUGUAUAUAAUAAGAAUAAUAUACAGUAA